AUGUCCCUUCUCAAUAUCGGAACAAGAUGUACAUCAUGUCCUUCCGUCGACUUUCUCCCACUCACUUGUCCAGACUGUCUCGGACCGUUUUGUUCGCUACACAUACAGACACAUGAGUGUCCCGAGAGCGCCUCGAGCUCAAGUCAGUCUACCCAAUCACAAGAAGUGGGGAAAGUGAAGAGAAGAAGAGUACGAUGUCCUAUACAAGGUUGUGGGAAGGUUACUAUUCAAGCUGUGGCUGGUGUGGAGGAUGAUGAAGGGGUAGGAAAGGAAGUGAGAUGUGAAGGUUGUGGUGUUGCUUUUUGCGUCUGUCAUCGACAACAAGAUCAACAUUCCUGUCCUGCCCCUUCUUCUCACACGGCUCGCGAGAGAGCAACACAAGAACGAAAAGAACGAGCACAACAAAUCCUCCAACUUCAUUUCCCCGGUACUACAUCUAAACCCCGACCAACCCUUCCUCCUCAGAAAGAUGUGGACAUCAAACGUAAACUUCCUUCUACUACAGUUGAUCAAACAGUUACCUCCUCCUCUUCUUCUUCCUCUUCUGCCUCAAAAUUACAUGAACCCCGAGACGUAUCUGUGGAAGAUAAGGAGGGAGUCAAAGUAGUGAAGACCACGACGAAAGCUGCAAAGAUCCAUCAAUUACAUUUGAGGAAAUUACGUUCUUUGGCUGAACCACUCGAACGACCUAAAGGAGUAGAGGAGAUGAGAUACUUUGAAUGGUGUUUAUGUACGGACCAUGGGAAGGUUAAAUCUUGGUUGUAUACUGGGAAAUGGGAGGGAGAGGUUCAAAGAGGUGCUAUCGCUUGUGAUACAAGCUGUGGAAAAUUAUUAGAUCUCCUCAUAUCAAAAACAAAAGUCAAGCGGCCUGGCGAUCCUUUAGACACAUCUUCAGUGAGUCUCAUACAGCACCAGAAGAUACAGCUCAUGUUGUCAGAAUUGGGGUUUGAUGUCCCUCGUGAGCCCGCUUGA